AUGGUUGAAUGGUGUGUCAUUAUAAAUGAUAAAAAAGGGUCUGAUAGAUCAGAAUUAAGACCACAACAUUUAGCAGGCAUCCCACCUUUAGUUGAACAAGGUAAAUUAAAAUGUGCUGGUGCUAUUUAUAACGAUGAUGGAUCAUUUGCUGGUUCUCACUUGCAAAUUGUAGCUGACACCAAAGAACAGGCUUUAGAAGUGGUUAAAGGUGAUGUUUUUGCAACUGGUGGCAUUUGGGACUUAGAUAGUAUAAUCAUUUAUAAAUUUGGUUGUGCUGUUCGUCAACCAAAAUAG